AUGAUCCAACCAAACGAUCCAUUCGGCCUUGAGGAGGAAAUGCCCCCAGCAUACACCCCAUCUGCAGACACUUACCAUGGAGAGACCACAGUGGAAGUCGGUCCUCGCAGACCCUUCCAACAACCCCCACGACCUACCCACAGACCCUCGCAUUCCUCUACGCAUUCGCAUUCAUCCCAUACGUCAUCAUCGUCAUAUUCUCAGCCGCAGUCACCGUCACAACAACCUCCGCAGCCGCGACCGUGGGCUACUUCUACGUCAUCUUCUGGCCCAACAUCAUGGUCUGCGUAUCCUGGUCAGCGAUAUCAGCGUCGAGGGGGCGGCCUGGUCGGAGCACUCUUCGAUACGGUGCGCGAGGCCGUGGAUGCUGUUUCGGGUGUACAUACCGAGCAGAUGCGGGCGCAGCAGCAGUCGCGAGCGGGCACCUAUGCAGCUCCAUACCCACAAUCUUCUUCCUCUGGUCUGACCCAGGGCUUUAAUACACCGUCUUACCAGGGCGGUCCAGGUCCAGUACAUUCUGCGCAGCAGACCACUUCGCAGGAAAUUCCGGACGACGGCAGUCCAACUAGAACGCCUACACCUGGGCACCCGUUGCUACAUAACGGACGCCUCCUCGUGUACCCCAACAAGGACCACAUAUGCAUCAAAUGCAAAAACACGGGAUACAAGAAUUAUGAUCCCUCCCACCCCUGCGGAAAGUGCUGGGAGAAAUAUGGGAAACUGUAUGCGGGUGCAUUAACCUACACACCCUGGAGCGCCGAGUCUUCUUCUCGUUCCUCCAAGUUUCAGCGUGCUCUACCCAGGUUCACCCCACCACAGGCAUCGCAGCUCUCACCCCAACCCUCGUGUUAUACCGGCGGGCCGCCACACGGCGCUCCCCCACAGGCACCCGUGCCUUACGGCCAGGACCUCUACGUAUAUAAUCCAAUAAUAGGCUUGGGCGAUUACCCACCCGUCCCGCACGCCGUUCCUGUGCGUCCGGGUGAUCCACGCCUCGGGGGCCAAUUUUGCUGGAAGUGUGGAGGCACAGGAACAUUGCCUCUCUUGAUAAUUGAUGUGCGACCGUGCUCAGUGUGCGGUGGAAUUGGACGUAUUUUGCGGUAG